GCAGAGCGGCGGCGGAGGAGUUAAACCUCCCGAGCACAUGAUGUCAUGCGAUUGUUUCAGUCGCCCAGCCCUGCACGUAUUUUGUCCUCUCUGCCUCGCCAUACAAUGCUAGUAAGGCUUUCCUGAUUACAUUGGACAGCUUUCCAUCUCGUCCAUCGUGCGAUCUGAUCAGCCGCCGAUGACGGCCCCCCGGCCUGUGGGCUGAAUGACGGAGGGCCGCAGACAUGACGGAAGUCACUAUCGACAGCUCCAAGCUGCCCGGAGUCAAGGAAGUAUGUAGAGAUUUUGCGGUGCUGGAAGAUCACAGUCUUGCACAUUCCUUACAGGAACAGGAAAUUGAACAUCAUCUCGCGACAAACGUACAGAGGAACCGCUUGGUGAAACAUGACCUAAAAGUGGCCAAACAACUUCAGGAAGAAGAGGACCUAAGAGCACAAGCCCAGAUUAAACACCAUCAGGAUGAACUUGAACUUCUAGAUGGUGAAAUUGCUCAGGAAAUUCAAGAAAAGCUGGUGAUUGACGCAGAACGCAAGCGUUUGCAGGAGGAAAAGGAUAAGGAUAUUGCUCGAAUAUUGCAAGAAAGAGAAGAAAAAAGAAGAAAGAAAUAUCCCCCACGAAGCCCAGAAGAACAUUAUCAUCCUGACCAUGAAGGCCACCAUAGGGGUAGGCGUAAAGAACCUAUAUCUGAAUAUGAUAGGCCUCAUAGGCAUGAAAGGCGUGAGCAAAAUCGAAAGGAAAGGGGCACUCCUAAAUCUGAGCGGUCUUCCAACUAUGAUGAGGAUGAUAGAAAACGGGGACGAUCAGCUGAACCAAGAUCACUUCCCAGAGAUAACGCUUACUUACCAAGUCAUGAAAAUCAGAUCAGUAAGACCUCUGCUAAAAAAGACAGACCUCAAAGGCCACCACCUCCUAGAACAAGUAAACGUGAGGAUCAUGAUAACGAGAAUGCAGAUGAACUGUAUCCUACUGAAAACCUGCCACGAAGGGUGAGAUCUCAAAGUCAUGACCUGGGCACAAAACAUUCUGAUAUUAGAGAACAUCAGGACAGUGCCCACAAAAGAGGUACUGGGGGUGACCACGAGAGGCGCAGGCGGAGAACACCUUCUCCACAAGAUGAAAGGCGAUACCGAGAAUCAGGUCAUCGCUCAAAAGGUCACCGAGAGAGCCCUCAGACUAGAAUCCAAGAUACACGGGAUGCUGAAAUUGCUAGGAGACUUCAGAAAGAAGAGAUAAGGGUGAAUACUGAAGAUUAUAGAGCGGCACAAUUGGCACAAGAUGAGGAACUGGCACGUUGGCUAAUGGAGAAAGAACAACAAUCAUAUAAGAAGUCUAAAGGAAGGGAAAAGACGUCAGACAGAAAGAGGCCAGAUGAGCGGGAGUUGAGUUCAUAUGAGCAUGAUAGACCGCGAUCAAGAGAUGAACAACACCGUUCCCGUAGUGAUAAACCAUACAGGCCGCUUCCUCCAGCACCUGAUGAAGAUCAUGGUGAGGAUUAUGGUCAUGAUUACCAAAACCUUAAUCCUCAUAACUCCCCAAGAUCCGGCUCAAAGUCACAGUCCUCCCAUAAGGGCUCCCACUAUAGACAAUGAAUGGGUCCAUUUUGCCAUUGAUGCUCACAAGACUAAAGAAACCCCAUUACUGAUGCAUCAUGGCACGGAUUGUCUGGUCAGACCUGUGUCUACCGCACUCUUGACAAACACUGUGCAGCAUUAUAUGGCUUCAAGCAGCUAGCCACGCUUAUAUUGCAUAUGAAAGGACUACAUAUUAACUAGACCUUCAAAGUGACUCUGUUGGGAAAUCCUUGCUGUUUGUAGUCUUGUUUGCCACAAAUAUUAGCUACUGUAAUUUGUACUAUUAAUGUGAACGAGCAAACCUACUGUGGCUGGCCUUUUAUAGAACCUCUUACCAUACAAGCAAUGAAAACUCUCGUUCUGAUGCUUACAUUCUAUCAAGCCUUGCAGGGUCUCCGUUUACUUUGAAUUAAUCAGCCAGACUAAUGACAUCCAUUUUGGUUUGAGUCAAUGCUUGUGAGAAGAAGUUCUGUCAAUUAACUAGUAAUUAGUAUCAUGGAGCCGGAAAGAAGAACUUGUGAAAUGUUCACCAAACGUAAACCUUUUAAAGGGAAUGUAUCAUCCAACAAUUGCCUCUCAACAUAUUCUUUUUUGGGGAUCUUCUUUCUAAUUUUUCAGGUCUUUAUUUAAAAUAAAUAAUUAAAAAAAGACCUGAAAUCUUGCAAAUGUCACUGUCCACUGAGCCACACAAUAGGCUCUGUUCCGCAGAGAUCACUCCUCAGAAGUCAUUUCAUUAUCAGCAUUGCAGUGAUGGGUAACACUUCUUUUAUAACGUUGGGGGCAGAUAACACCGCAUCCACCAUUGACAAUAGGUGAUAGAGAACCUGAGACAUAGCUUCCAGUCAUCAGCCCCAGUAAGGUGUAACACGGUAAUAGAAAUUUUGAGAGUUUCCAUCGGGAAUACCCUCAGAGGCACUGAGGACUCUGACUUUGAUGUAGAUUGUGAUUUUUAUCCAUACUAAUGUCCGUUCUACUUUAAGCAGAAACACAAGAUAAAUAACCUUCUGUUUAUUCUGAUAUAUCAGGGGAGAUUUAUCCAACUUUGUUUAAUGGAAACCUGACUUAGUUGCCCACAGCCACCAAUCAGAUUCCACCUUUUAAUUUUUCAGGGCUGCUUUGAAAAAUGAAAGCUGGAAUCUGAUUGGUUGCUGUGGGCAACUACACCAGUUUUCCUUUGCACCAGUUUUGAUAGAUCUCCCCCCCUCAUGUCCAUAUUCCAUUUUUCCGAGGCAUGAUAUUUUGGCCUAGUGUAUCAAGGCAAAUGGAAAGUUAUUGAUUCAAUCAUGGCGAUCAGAAGCGUGCAACCUGCGAUAGAUUUUUCUAUUUGCUAGCAAAUGCCUUUGAUUAGGCAUCCCUUACCCUUUAAUAGUAAAAAUACUGCAAUUCAAGAAAAAGCUGUGAACACACAAAUAUAGUGUCUUCUUUAUUGUUAGUAGUUACAAGAGUGACCCCAUCAUGGAACAGUCCUAUGGGCAUUGUUGAGUAGGUGGGCACUGCUGGACUAUGAUAUUGCUGGACUUGGCUUGAUGUGAAUUGUAAGCACAUAGAAGUAUCCAAUUGUUAUCACUGAUUCAUCACUUCUCAGUUUCACAAUGGAGCUAGUGGUAUCUUUAUAAAUUCCUAAAGUAAUCCCGAUUUGCAUAUCCUCAGGAAAAGCUGCUUGUUCCACCCAGUCGAUGCUGUAUUAGGUUUGUCAUCCUUUCGUGAACCAAUAUCCAGUGUUAUGACUAAAACUGCACAAUGUAUGUACAGGAAAAAGAAAAAUAAUCAAAGUGCCAUUUUUUUUUAUUGUUAAUUUUGUACGCUUUAAAGUUUGUGUAUCCUCUGGGCAGCCAGAUUUUGCUGCAGAAUACCAUGUAUUUUAUA